UGAUCCACGGAGGCCCCGCCUCACAGGUGACAGCUUGGUGCCACAUACCACAACAUACCUUCAGAGGUCCAGUGAGGUCCUCGCCUCCAAAGGGCACAACUGUUCUGGCGUCAAAAGGGGACUCAGCAUUAGAGCGGAUGAUCGGUGGAGGAUCGGUGACGGGAUCGGGGGUGUGAAGGAGUCUCCCCGCCGCCAUGCUGACCGUCAAGCUGCCCCAGCUCUUCAAUGUGCACCAGAUGCCCCGGGUAUUUUGGGAAGAUGGAAUCAUGUCGGGGUACCGCCACCCAAAAAGUACCGCCCUGGACUGCCUUCUCAGCUCCUUCCAAAUGACCAAUGAAACUGUGAACAUCUGGACCCACUUCCUCCCGACAUGGUAUUUCCUGUGGAGGUUCCUCCUGCUCUCAUACACACUGGACUUUCUCGGGGACCCGUACAAUUGGCCCCUCCUGGUUUACAUGAUGCUGAUCUGCCUUUACCCCUUCACCUCCAGCUUCGCCCACACCUUCAGUAGUAUGUCCGCCCAUGCCCGCCACAUCUGCUACUUCCUGGACUACGGAGCCCUCAGUCUCUACAGCCUGGGCUGUGCCUUUACCUAUGGGGCCUACGUCAUGCCUGAUCGCUGGGUGAACAGCGUCCUGCACCGAUAUUAUGUCCCCAUCGCGGCCUUCAAUACCUUUAUCUGCACCGGCCUCUCCUGCUACUCCCGAUUCCUGGAAGUAGACCGGCCAGCGUUAAGUAAAGUUCUGCGCACAGUGGCCUUUGUGCACCCCUUCGUCUUCGACAACAUCCCUCUGUUCUACCGGCUCCUUUUCUGCUACGGAGAGGGUUGCAACUGGAAUGAAGCCAUCCCCUAUCAUCUUUAUCACCUCUUCUUUGCUUUCUGGACCGGUUUCCUCUUUGCUUCUCAUCUCCCCGAACGUCUGGCCCCUGGUCGCUUUGACUAUUUUGGUCACAGUCACCAGCUCUUCCACAUCUGUGCCGUCAUGGGGACCCAUUUCCAGAUGGAAGCCGUGCUGACCGACCAAUUGUCUCGCAAGGCUUGGCUCAGCUCAUACUACGAGACGGACUCGCUGGCCAUUACUUUAGGAGUCGCAGCCACUUCGGUGAUAGGAAACGUCAUGCUCAUCUGUUUCUUCACAGCGACUUUGCUUUGGUCGCCUCAAGGCAACUCCAUGGUCCAAAAUAACAUCCCAGGAGAGGCUAAAGCCAAGGAGCAUUGACCAUACUACUACUACUACCCCUCCUAAGAACAUUGGAGACGUUCUCUUGUCUGCACGGCCAGUCCUCAUCUCAGCAUUACCAGCCAUAGGGGUCCCCCCACCUUCUCAGCCUCAGGGGCCAAACUUCUUCCAAGAUCAUUUCUUUUCGACAUGAUCCAUAUAUUUCAUUUUCUCAAAAAAGGAAAAAAAAAAAGAAAAAGAGCAGUGCCAUGUAUAACUUCCACCAAUUUUGUACUCUUUCGCCUUAGCUAAAUUCAAUCCUCAAAUUUAAUUUGAGAGAUUGAUUUUGAACCCAACUCAAUGGAAGAAUGCAGUCAUAUCCAAUCCCAACUCAAUAGAAGACUGCAGUCCUAUCCAAACCCAACUCAAUAAAAGACUGCAGUCCUAUCCAAACCCAACUCAAUAGAAGACUGCAGUCCUAUCCAAACCCAACUCAAUAAAAGAAUGCAGUCCUAUCCAAACCCAACUCAAUAGAAGACUGCAGUCCUAUCCAAACCCAACUCAAUAAAAGAAUGCAGUCAUAUCCAAACCCAACUCAAUAGAAGAAUGCAGUCCUAUCCAAACCCAACUCAAUAAAAGACUGCAGUCCUAUCCAAACCCAACUCAAUAAAAUAAUUCAGUCCUAUCCAAACCCAACUCAAUAGAAGAAUGCAGUCAUCCCCAAACCCAACUCAAUAGAAGAAUACAGUCAUACCCAAACCCAACUCAAUAGAAGAAUGCAGUCAUACCCAAACCCAACUCAAUAGAAGAAUGCAGUCGUAUCCAAACCCAACUCAAUAGAAGACUGCAGUCAUACCCAAACCCAACUCAAUAAAAUAAUUCAGUCAUAUCCAAACCCAACUCAAUAGAAGACUGCAGUCAUAUCCAAACCCAACUCAAUAGAAGAAAGCAGUCAUACACAAACCCAACUCAAUUGAAGACUGCAGUCUUAUCCAAACCCAACUCAAUAGAAGAAUACAGUCUUAUCCAAAUUCAACUCAAUAGAAGAAUGCAGUCAUAUCCAAUCCCAACUCAAUAGAAGACUCCAGUCAUAUCCAAACCCAACUCAAUAAAAGAAUUCAUUCAUACCCAAACCCAACUCAAUAGAAGAAUGCAGUCUUAUCUAAACCCAACUCAAUAGAAGAAUAAAGUCUUAUCCAAACCCAACUCAAUAGAAAAAUGCAGUCAUAUCCGAACCCAACCCACAGAAGACUGCAGUCAUAUCCAAACCCAACUCAAUAGAAGAAUACAGUCAUUCCCAAACCCAACUCAAUAGAAGAAUACCGUCAUAUCCAAACCCAACUCAAUAGAAGACUGCAGUCAUAUCCAAACCCAACUCAAUAGAAGACUGCAGUCUUAUCCAAACCCAACUCAAUAGAAGAAUGCAGUCUUAUCUAAACCCAACUCAAUAGAAGAAUAAAGUCUUAUCCAAACCCAACUCAAUAGAAAAAUGCAGUCAUAUCCAAACCCAA